CUCCCGGCCAACUCUGGCGCCUCCGGGGCCGUGGUUCUGUGGCCUGCAAUGGCGAGGUCGGUCCCAUUUGCGGGUUUGCUGGGGUUGCUACUUGUGUCUGCACUGCCCGGGGUCCUCGGAGACCGCCCCAGCCCCGACCUCCGGGCACACCCAGCAGGGGACCAUGCCCAGGUUGGCCCUGAGGCCACAGAACCCCGGCGACGGUCGCCGCCCAAGGACCAACGAGAGCGGGCCCGGGCGGGAGCUCUACCUUUGGGGGCGCUGUACACCGCAGCUGUCGUGGCUUUUGUGCUGUACAAGUGUUUGCAGGGGAAAGAUGAGGCUGCAGUUCUCCAGGAGGAGGAAGGCAAGAAGGAAUCAUCACAGUCAGAGCAACAGCUGGCCCAGUUGACACAACAGCUAGCCCAGACAGAGCAACACCUGAACAAUCUGAUGGCCCAGCUGGACCCCCUUUUUGAGCGUGUGACUACCCUGGCUGGAGCCCAGCAAGAGCUUCUGAAUAUGAAGCUUCAGACCAUCCACCAGCUGUUACAAGACAGCAAGCCAAACAAGGGUGUGGACCUUCCAGAACCAGGUAAAGGGUUGGGUGGUGUGAGUCUUGUGGAGGUGGAGACAAUCUCUGAGAUAGGAAUAUCCCUGAUCUUUCCCCUCACAGAGGCCAGCCUACCCUUUCCUGAGGAUUUAUGUAUAGAGGAGGAGGAGGCGGAGGCUGGUGACAGUCAGGCCUGGGAGGAGCCCCUACACUGGAGCACAGAGACGAGAAACCUAGCUACUCCUUGGGAAGUGGAGCAGGGGCUAAGGAGAAGAUGCAGCAAGGCUGUGGGAAGGGCUGCAGUCACAGCCCCUGCCGGCAAGGAGAAAUGACAGCUGAAGGUUUAGUAAAACAAAGUCUGUGCUUGUGACUGGA